GAGCGCACUGGCGGCUCUGCUCAAAACUUUCAGGCGGUCGGUGCGCGUCUGGGGGUUUCUUUUUGUGUGUGUCCAGUUCGACCCAGUUGCUCUUGGCCGCCCUUACCCGAGUGCUUUGACCCCUUUGGCGGAUCCCUCCGCACUCGGAGGCUACCAUGCCUGCCGGCCACUGCACCUUUAGCCUGCCGAGCCCGCCAGGCUCGUAGAAGGUGGGAUCGUCCGCUGGCGCUGAUCCACUCGCGACGCUUGCGAUGCAGUCCCUGAAUAUCACCCCGGAGCAAUUCGCGCAGCUCCUGCGGGACAACAACGUGACUCGCGAGCAGUUCAUCGCCCUGUACGGGCUGCAGCCGCUGGUCUACAUCCCGGAGCUGUCCGGGCGCACCAAGCUGGCCUUCGGGCUCCUCUGCGUGCUCAUCUUUGCUCUGGCGCUCUUCGGCAACAGCCUGGUCCUCUACGUGGUGGCCCGCCGCAAAGCCAUGCGCACCGUCACCAACAUCUUCAUCUGCUCGCUGGCGCUCAGCGACCUGCUCAUCGCUUUCUUCUGUGUCCCCUUCACCCUCUUGCAGAACAUCUCCAGCAACUGGCUGGGGGGUGUCUUUGCCUGCAAGAUGGUGCCAUUUGUCCAAUCUACUGCAAUCGUUACUGAGAUUCUUACAAUGACUUGCAUUGCUGCAGAAAGACAUAAUGGGAUUGUGCAUCCAUUAAAAAUGAAAUGGCAAUAUACCAACAGAAGAGCAUAUACAAUGCUUGGCAUAGUGUGGUUGGUGGCAGCUAUUGUUGGAUCUCCUAUGUGGCAUGUGCAGCGACUGGAGGUUAAAUAUGACUUCCUUUUUGAAAAGGAGUAUGUUUGCUGCUUGGAAGAAUGGGCCAGUCCUGUUCGCCAGAAGAUUUAUGCAACUUUCAUAUUGGUCAUUCUCUUUCUUCUCCCACUUAUGCUCAUGCUGUUGCUCUACAGUAAGAUUGGCUAUGAGCUCUGGAUUAAGAAACGAGUCGGAGAUGCUUCUGUUCUGCAAACUAUGCAUAGGAACGAAAUGUCUAAAAUAUCAUGGAAGAAGAAGCGAGCAAUCAUUAUGAUGGUGACUGUAGUGGUUUUGUUUGCAGUCUGCUGGGCUCCUUUUCAUGUAGUUCACAUGAUGAUAGAAUACAGUAAUUUUGAAAAGGAGUAUGACGAUGUCACUAUUAAAAUGAUAGUUGGUAUAGUUCAAAUCAUUGGAUUUUCCAAUUCCAUUUGCAAUCCCAUUGUUUACGGCCUUAUGAAUGAGAACUUCAAGAAAAACUUUGUCUCUGCUAUAUGCUUCUGCAUUAUAAAACAGAACCCAUCUCCUUCCAGACGACAUGGACAGUUGGGAAUUACAGCGCUGAAACACAAGGAAGGUGUCUGUAAGAGAGAGCCUACCUACUCCGAUGAGACCAGAAGGGAAGGGUUCAGUGAAGAAUUUGAAGUCAAAUUUUGUGAUCAGGCCUGUGCCAAAAAGAAUUCCAGGAGGCAGCUUGCUUUGUUUACAUCUGAACUCAAAGGGUCCUCUUCACUUGGACAUUAGUAUAAUGAUCCUUCAUUGGGGCACACGUGUUUCAGCAUUUGACAGUCACUGCACCUUUUACCAGGCCUGAUCAAUUUAGGGCAGGGGUAUUGAAUUCUUGGUCAAGCUAGACCCAGCGGGAGGAGGUGGCUGGCAAGCCCCUAGCAGGCUCACCAGUCCAGAUCAGCACUAGGAUGGCUACCUCAGCUGUUGAGCUUACAGUGGGUUCACCAGCCCACAAUGGUACUGUGGAAGGUGGGGACCUUGGGGGGGUGGGUGCGGAAUGAUGACUGAGCUGGCAAGCCCACAGCAGCUCAGAUCAAUAUUGGGGGAGGUGGUAAGUGGUGGAAGUGGGGUGGCUAACUCAGCAGAUGAGCCUGCAACAGCCUUACUAGUCCAGAUCAGCACUGUGGGAGAUAUUCAGCACUGGGGGGGAGGGUAGGGGAGUGGCUGCCUCAACUUGUGAGCCCAUUUGCUAGCCCAGAUCAGCACUAGUGGGGUGUGUGUGCUGCAAUGGGCGUGCCAGCCCAGAUUGGCACUGGAGGGAGGCUCACCAGGCCAGACUAGGAGUGAGGUGGGGUAGGUACCUGUACUGGCCAUCCCACUGUGGGAUGGAGUGGCUGCCUAGACUGGUGAGCCCAUAGGUGAGCCUGCACCAGGCCAACUCAAAAGCAGGGGCAGUUUUCCUCAGCUGGGUUGCAGGCCUGAUAAGCCCUCUCAAAGGGCCAACUGCCAAGGGACCCUGGUUUACAGUCUUUAUAUAAACAGUAGGGACGUGAUAGUCUACCUUCAUGUACAAUACAUUCUCAUUGUUGUACAAAGUCUUGCAUUCUCCUUGCAAAAUUUCAGGUUGCAUCAUCCUAUUGAGGUUGCUGGCCUGAGGUUGCUGAGCUUGAGGAGUGCUCCCCCAAGUGGUGUCGCCUGUCAUACCAAUGUGACCCAGCAGUGAUUUGAUUGAACCAUCUGACUUCCUACUCCACAGUCAAAACAAUACACGAGACUGUGUGCCUCAGCUUUAGCACUGAACCUCUUCUUCUCUUCCUGUUUUAUUUUACCCAACCCAAGAACAUGAUUCAGUACUGCUAUAGAAAUGGUCUUAGAUUUGUUCUUGAAGAUGGAUAGAGAGCUGGAUACUUUAUUUGGAGAAUGACAACAUUGCCUGAGGAUUCUGUACAAGCAUUUGAAACACCAUGUGAAAUUGCUUUCGAUCUCACCUCACGUCAUAUUCUUUGCAAGGACUUUUCAAAAAAUGAUCCACAAUUAAAGUUGCUUGUACUUUUAUUAAAGAAAAUCUGUUUCUUUUUAUCACAUGUAUUAUUGCCUUGAAAUAAAUGGUUGAGUUGAAACAUAAGCACUGCAAAACAGUGACCUCUUAAUGACACUGCAGCUACUUAAUGUUUAAUGUGGGCAUUUUCAGCAAAACCGUAAAUGCUGCAAUUACUAGAGAUAUUGAAACACUGGUAAAGUAUGGCUGGUGUUUUUGCUAAGGUUACAUUUUAAUUACUUUAUUUUCACUAAGCAAAGCCUGAAUUAAAGGAAAGUAGAUAUGA